AAAUUAAAAAUUAAAAAUUAAAAAUACACAACACCCCCACUUGUUGUUGCAAAAACAACGAAGUGCUAGCAAAAAUUCUCACAUUUCCCAUCACUGUUACGUUUCUUCGUCUCCACUUCUUCCCAGCCUCACCAGAACCUGAAAGCACCCCAUCAACUACCUUUCCUUUCACCUGCUUCUGGAUUGUUUCUUCCAUUUUUAAAUGAAAUGGCGGAACAGAGCAAAAGACCCUAAAAAAACAGGGGUUACUAUGUCAGAAUGAAGCUCCUCCACAACAAACAUGGCAGAUUAGAAAAGACCUUCUUCUACAGAUACUACAAAUAUGUCCUAUGGAUUUCUCUCACCCUCUAUUUCUCCUCCUCCUACCUCAUCGGCCACCACCACCGCCAGUACCACCCAAAACCAGACACAACAACCCACGUCUCAAGAGCACUCUCACAAUCAACACCCACCAACGCCACAACCCCAUCACUGAAGAACUUGAAGGUGUUCGUCUACGAUCUUCCACCAAAGUAUAACACGGAUUGGCUUGCGAACGAGAGGUGCAGCACCCACUUGUUUGCUUCAGAAGUUGCCAUUCACAGAGCCCUGUUGACCAGUGAGGUUCGCACCUUUGACCCUUACGACGCUGACUUCUUCUUCGUCCCUGUCUACGUCUCCUGCAACUUCAGCACCAUCAAUGGCUUCCCGGCGAUCGGCCACGCCCGCUCCCUCAUCAGCUCCGCCGUGAAGCUCAUCUCCAACGACUACCCCUUCUGGAACAGAAGCAGAGGCUCCGACCACGUCUUCGUCGCUUCCCACGACUUCGGCUCUUGCUUCCACACCCUGGAGGACGUGGCGAUGGAAGAUGGGGUACCAGAAAUUAUGAAGAACUCAAUCGUGUUACAGACGUUUGGGGUAAAGUACGAUCAUCCAUGCCAGAGGGUGGAGCAUGUGGUGAUUCCGCCGUACAUCUCACCGGAGAGUGUCCGGAGGAAUUUCCCGGCGAACGGACGGCGAGAUAUAUGGGUUUUCUUCCGGGGAAAAAUGGAGGUUCAUCCGAAGAACGUUAGUGGAAGAUUUUACAGCAAGAAAGUGAGGACCAUGAUAUGGCGGAGAUUCAACGGUGACCGGAGGUUUUACCUCCGGAGGCAUAGAUUUGCCGGUUACCAGUCAGAGAUUGCGCGCUCGGUGUUCUGUUUAUGUCCCUUGGGGUGGGCCCCGUGGAGUCCGAGGCUGGUGGAGUCGGUUGCAUUAGGCUGCGUGCCGGUUAUCAUAGCUGAUGGCAUCCGGUUGCCAUUCCCCUCCGCCGUGAGGUGGGCGGAUAUAUCGGUGACGGUGGCGGAGCACGACGUGGGGAAGCUAUCGGAGAUACUGGAACAUGUGGCGGCGACGAACCUGAGUUCCAUUCAGAGGAACCUGUGGGACCCGCGGACGAGGAGGGCUUUGCUAUUCAACAGCGAGGUGCAGGAAGGGGACGCCACGUGGCAGGUGCUGCGAGGGUUGAGUGAAAAGGUGGACAGGUCUUAUAGGAGUUCGAGGGUUUCACGCCAAUUGGAUGUGGACACGUAGCGGGUUUGAAUUGGGCGCCAAGUUGGCAAAAAUAAUAAAUGGUAAUUAGUGGAGUACAGCUGGAAUUUAAGAAUUUUCUUCAGAAAUGGAAUUUUUAGAGGGUCAUGGUGGGGCCCGAUGGAGCUGUUUGGUGGGAUCUUAAAGAUGUUUUUCGAGUAUAUUAAUGGUGACGUGGUUGGAUGAUGUGGCUGGCAUUGAUUGAAUGACCGUACGGUUUGGAAAAGGGUAAUGUCUUUGUGGCAUUGUGGCCUGAUCAAUAUCUUAGGCUUCGUUUGGUUGGAGGGAGGGGAAAAGAAAGGGAAAGAAAACACGGAAAUCGAGGAGUGAACUUGGAUUAAACCUUAGUCUAAAUUUAUUUCUCAAUUUCCGUGUUUUUUUCCCUUUCCCCUUUCUCCUACUAAACAUAGCAUUAAUCUUCAUGCAAGUACAAAUGCAGUGGAAGCUUAGCUAAGCUAAAUUUUGUGAAAUCAUUUUUUUGUGAAAAUAAUAUAAUUCAUGAGGAAUAUACACACAAAUUUCAAAAUUUUGCUAUUUGUUUACUAUUGUAUGGAUUUGUUAACUCGAAAAUGGGGAAAGGCUGUGUCAGUGUGCUGACAAAAGGACUGGAAAAACAGAUAUGAAAAUGGGGAAAUGUGGGAAGUGGUGCAUGGAAGGGAUUUUGUGUAUAGUGGGUGAAAUGAUUAAUGAGAAUGGAGAUGGAUGAAAGAUGCAUGGUGGUGCUAGCUAGUGUGUCAGAAGAUUUAUGAUGGUUGUUUAAUUUGAAUAUUUGCAAGGUAAUGGGGUGUGUGGUCACGGGUACGGUAUGGUUGUCGAAAUCAAUGGACCGAGAAUACAACCAUGGGGUUUGAUGGCAGCACAUAGUUAAUUGAAUAGGGUUAUCUUCACACCUUUCUUUGAGGUGGAAAGAAGUGAAAGGAGGAGAGAGAUAGAAAGAAAAGAAAAAGUAAGAGAGGAAAAAUAUGAAAUGUGAUGGAUGAUAAGAGAAGAGAGAUAGAAAUAAAAAGAGGUGAAAAUGAAGUGUUUAAAAAAUGAGGUGUGUAUAUAUCAUUAUUGUAGUUAAUUUGAUUUACAAAAGCUGGUACAAUUGUUUUUAGUCUAGACACCAAAAUAUAUAAAAAGAGAGAGAAAGAA